AUGGACCACCUCCGCACCCGCCCCGGCGCCUACACCGACGACGACUAUAGCUCCGACGUCUUCGACACGCUGGAUCACUUCAAGGUGCUGGUCAUCGGCGCCGGUGGGCUGGGCUGCGAGAUCCUGAAGAACCUGGCACUAUCGGGGUUCAAGAGCGUCGACGUGAUCGAUAUGGACACCAUCGACGUCUCCAACCUCAACCGCCAAUUCCUCUUCCGCCAGUCCGACGUGGGCAAGCCCAAGGCAACCGUCGCCGCCGACUUCGUCAUGAAGAGAGUGCCUAGCUGCAAGAUCAAUGCCCACGUGUGCAAAAUUCAAGACAUGGACGAGGAUUACUACAUGCAGUUCAGCACCAUCAUCUGUGGUCUGGAUUCAAUCGAGGCAAGACGGUGGAUCAAUCAUCUGCUGGUCGAGAUGGUGGACAUGGACAACGCAGAGUCGCUCAAGCCUUUGAUCGAUGGAGGCACCGAAGGCUUCAAGGGGCAGUCGCGUGUCAUAUUUCCAACCAUGACCUCGUGCAUUGAGUGUCAGCUCGACAUGCACGCUCCUCGCGCCGCUGUGCCGCUCUGCACGCUUGCCACAAUCCCACGCCAACCGCAGCACUGCAUAGAGUGGGCACACAUUAUCAAGUGGGAGGAAGAGAGGAAGGACAUCCAGCUGGAUACCGACGAUCCAGAGCACAUCACUUGGCUCUACCAAACAGCACUCAAGCGCGCCCAGGAGUUCGGCAUCCAAGGCGUCACUUACAGCAUGACGCAAGGUGUCGUCAAGAACAUUAUCCCAGCAAUCGCAUCUACCAACGCCAUCAUCGCCGCCUCAUGCUGCAACGAAGCAUUCAAGCUGGCCACAAAUUCUGCACCUUUCCUUGCCAACCCAGCGGCCAUCCCAGAUGGCGAGGAUCCCGACACAUAUAAUCCAGAGGAUGAGUUUGCCCCAGUCCCAAACAACUACAUGCUCUACACCGGAGACAACAGCAUCUACACCUUCACCUUCGGCCACAAGCGUAAGCCCGACUGUCCAGUCUGUGGCAAUCUACCCAAGGACCUGAGUGUUCCCGGAGACCAGACAUUGCAAGAGCUUGUUGAUAGCUUCGCCGAGCGCCCAGAAGCCCAACUCAAAAAGCCCAACUUGCGGACCGGAGAGAAGUCACUAUUCUACUCAUCACCGGAGGGUUUGCGACAACAGACAGAAGGCAACCUCAACAAGAAGCUGCGUGAUCUUUUGGAAGACGGCGAAGAAGUCGCAGUGAGCGAUCCUGCCUUCAGCAUCGCCUUCAGAUACAAGAUCCACCUCAUCUAG